UUGACGUUGCUCUAUUGGAAAAACUUGUUUUGAUUUUUUGAUAUCAAUUAAAUCUUCUGAAUUUGGAUCGAAUUAGCUUUAAAUUCACUCCAAAAUGGUGAAAAUAUCACUACAAAUAAGAGCUACGCUAGAAUCAAUAGAGAAGUUAUAUACAAACCAUCCACAUUAUCAAUGGUUCUUGAAACUGAAAUGCAGCAGUUGUGGCGAAGUUUCUGAGAAGUUUCACGACCUCACGGAAGCUGAUAAAGUACCCCAAAAGCAUAACAGGUCCGAGACUAACCUACUUAUCAAGUGUAAACUCUGUUCUAGGGAAAACAGCAUCGAUGUCGUCGAAGGGAGCAACGGAGCAUUCUCAAACAAUGAUGCUGGUAAAUACAAGAGCAUAGUGACAUUUGACUGCAGAGGUGUGGAGCCUGUUGAUUUUGAGCCAAAGUCAGGCUGGAUAGCAGAGGCUGAGGAUUAUGGAAAAAAGUUUGAAGACAUAGAUUUGUCAGAAAAGGAAUGGGUGGACUACGACGAAAAGAACAAGACCUCAGUGGGAGUUUACGAACUAGAGUGGCAGUUUGUUAAAGUCAAGUAGUCUACUGUCAUAAGUUUAAUUUAAAUUAAAAGCUCAAGUCAACUUACUUAUAAGUUUAAUUUAAAUUGAAACGGCUCAUUAGCCUAGUGAUAAAAAUUGUACUGAAUUAAAGAUGGGUUGAACCUGUAUUUGAAUUCAACUUAAUUUAAAUAAGAGUGAAAUAUCAUUAUCAUGUGUUUUUAUUGAAGACAUAGAUACGAGACUAAAAAUGUGAGUUUC